AAUAGUGCUUCAAAAUGGCAUGGUCGUUGAUAUUUGUCGUGGCAAUAAUUUUGAUCACGUUGUGCUUUUAUACGACACAUUCUAGAGCAGGUCGGCUCAUGUCCAAACUUCCCGGUCCAAAAGGAUGGCCUAUUGUAGGAACUGCGUUUCAGUUUCUCGCAUCCCCUGAGGUGGUAUUCAUAAAAUUACGCGAAGACUACAAAAAAUUUAAGAGUCUAACAAGCUAUUACUCCUUUGGCUUUGGGUUUGUCAACAUAUAUGACCCAGAAGAUAUCGAGAUACUACUCUCCGCUAGUCGCUUUAACUACAAAUUUAUACCGUAUACAUUUUUUCGAUCAUGGCUUGGAGAAGGUCUUCUUGUCAGUAAUGGGUCAAAAUGGCAUCAGAGAAGAAAGCUUCUAACCUCAGCAUUUCAUUUCAAUAUAUUGAAGAAAUAUGCAAGUUCGUUUGUCGAAUACACUGAAAAUUUAUUAAAUAAGAUUGAAACUCAAACGAGCAACGAACGAACCGACGUCGUACCAUUAUUGUCCAAUGCUACAUUACGGAUUAUGUGUCAAACGGCUAUGGGCAUUUCUAUGGACCAAGUAGCUGAAUCAGAAAAGAAAAAAUAUUUUGAGGCCAUAUACACGGUUGGAGAAUGCAUAGUCCGAAGGUUGUGCAGAAUUUGGUAUUAUUCUAGCUUUGUGUAUAAUCGUACUGACCUUGGUAAAGCUGAAGCCAAAGCGCUAGUUAAUUUACAUGCGUUUACCAAUAGAGUGAUACGAGAGAGAAAGACAUAUCUUGAAGACAAAAAUGAAUUAGGAAUAUCAGAAAGUGACGAGAAUACUAGUACUAAAGGAAGAUUGGCAAUGUUAGAUUUAUUACUUCAAUGUGAAAAAGAAGGGAGCAUUGAUCUAAAUGGUAUACGGGAAGAAGUUGAUACUUUUAUGUUUGAGGGCCACGAUACAACUGCGAUGGCACUAUCCUUCUUUGUGAUGAGAAUUGCAAAUGAACCCGAGAUUCAGGAAAAUAUGUACGAAGAAUUAAAAACUAUAUUUCAAGGCUCCGACCGACUGCCCACAAUGGAUGACCUGAAUGAUAUGAAAUACUUGGAGUGUUGUAUUAAGGAAUCCCUUAGGCUAUACCCUAGUGUUCCGUUUAUUGCUAGAUAUUUAAAAGAGGAUGUGGUUUUAAGUGGCUACACUGUCCCAAAAGGCGUUGGCUGUCACAUUCAUAUAUAUGACCUUCAUCAUAAUGAGGACAUAUAUCCGGAACCUGAGAAAUUUAUCCCGGAAAGAUUCCUUCCGGAGAAUGUGCUGAAACGUCACCGUUAUGCUUUCAUACCAUUCAGCGCUGGCCCGCGAAAUUGUAUAGGACAAAAGUUCGCUUUCUUAGAAAUGAAGACUGUGAUAUCAGGUUUACUAAGAAAGUUUAAAAUAGAACCCGUGACAAAAACAGACGAGGUUGUGCUUACUGCUGACGUGGUUCUUAGAAGCACACAUCCUUUAUAUGUAAAAUUUCGUAAUAUGAUUUAUCUUUUAUUAGCUAUCUUUUUAGUGGUCGUUUACGACAGAAUUCGCUACAAAACGAGUAUAUUUAGACAAAUACCAGGACCUCGCUCAUGGCCCUUAAUAGGGAAUACAUGGAGUUUCAUAUCCACACCAGACCAAUUAUUUCCACACCUGCGUUAUAUUCAUCGAACAUACGGCAACUUCAGUCAAGUACAUUCCAUUAAUUACCAUGCUGUUAAUUUGUACAAUCCAGAAGAUCUCGAGAAAAUUCUCUCUUCAACCACAUACAAUGAAAAACGCAGACCUUAUACGUUUAUUAAGUCCUGGCUCGGAGAAGGUCUACUCACUAGCAAUGGUGAAAAAUGGCAUCAGCGCAGAAAACUUUUAACUUCUGCUUUUCAUUUCAACAUUCUGAAGAAAUACGCAAUGAUAUUCACCGAACAAACUGAGAGAUUCCUCGCCGUGAUUGAGGACGAAUUAGACAAAGAUAAAACUGAUAUAGUUCCAUUGAUUACCAACGCAACACUUCAUAUAAUGUGUGAAACCGCAAUGGGUACCUCAAUAACGUCAACCAUAAAAUCGGUUGUGAAUAAAUAUUUCCAAGCAAGUAACGACUACAUAUACUGCGUUGUACAACGCAUGUGUCGCAUUUGGCUUUACUUCGACUACGUUUUCAUUUUCACGAAAAUGUUCUGGGACCAAAGGAGAGCAGUAGCAGAGUUACAUAAAUUUACAACAAAAAUAAUAGAAGAAAGAAAAGCUUCGAAGCAAGAAUGUAUUUUUACGGAUUUAGAUGAUGAUGUAGGCAUGAACAAAAAGGGUAAACUUCCGAUGUUAGAUCUGCUUUUAGAGAAAGAGAAAAAGGGCGAAAUUGACUUGCGAGGUGUAAGAGAAGAAGUGGAUACGUUUAUGUUUGAGGGUCACGACACAACAGCAAGGGCACUAACUUUUUUCAUAAUGAGUAUAGCAAAUGAAUCAAGAGUGCAAGAGAAAAUAUACGAAGAGAUGGAGAACAUUUUUGGUGACUCUGACCGUUCCGCAACAAUGGAAGACCUGAACAGCAUGAAGUAUUUAGAAUGUUGUAUAAAGGAGUCACUUCGACUGUACCCCAGCGUGCCUUUUAUUGCUAGAAAUGUACCAAAAGACACUGUUUUAAGUGGCUACACGAUCCCGGCAAACACAAUCUGCCACAUCUUCGUGUUUGACCUGCACCGGAGGGCUGAUAUAUAUCCCGAGCCCGAGAAGUUCGUGCCCGAAAGGUUUCUGCCAGAAAAUGCCCACAAAAGACAUCCCUUUGCGUACCUACCGUUUAGCGCUGGGCCCAGGAAUUGUAUAGGUCAACGUUUCGCGAUGUUGGAAAUGAAAACAAUGGUCUCAGGUUUAAUUAGAAAAUAUCGUUUAGAAGCAGUUACAAGAGCAGAGGACCUCGUGUUUACAGUGGAUUUGGUUUUGAGAACAAACCAUCCUAUAUACGUUAAAUUCCAUAAAAGAACAUAG